CUUGUUUGGAUGUUUUGGAUCAAUCUGUAAAUAAACUGCACUUGGGUUCUCACUACGCUCGCCUUCGGUGGACUGAUCAUUACACAUAUAGGUUUGGAAUGAUGACAGAAGUUUCAUUUUUGAGUGAUACACUUUUAAUCUGACCAUAUAGUGUCAUCAGCUUUUAGUUGUGGUGAAUCUGAAGUUGCUUGACAAGCUUGCAUGUUAGUGUUGUGUGUGUACAGUAUAUUAUGAGUGUUAUGCUUCAUUAUGCUUCAUAUGUUUGUGUAACUCGCAUUCUAAAACAACUAAAUGAUCCUCCUCCGGAAGAGAUCUGAAAGUGUGAAGGCUUUUGUUUUCUCGGUUGUGUGAAAAAUAGCAUAUUUCCUCUGCCUGAUAUAGCAAUUUGCACUCUAGUAUUCACACAGAGGCUUCCAGUUCUGUAAGCACAAUGGUAUCAGGUGGAGGACUCUUUUACAUCUCUCUUGAAGUGCUCAUUGCAGUGGGAUGCUGUCUGGGCAAUAUGUUGGUGAUCUGGGCUGUAUGGAAAAGUGGAGCCCUGAACAAACCCACUUUCUGCUUGAUCGUGUCUCUGGCGGUGGCUGAUUUUCUGGUUGGGGCCGUGGCAAUUCCUCUGGCUGUGAUUGUGGACAUCCACAUCAAAAUCCCUUUCCAUGCCUGUCUCUUCAUGUGUUGUUUUCUCAUCGUGCCACUGCAAGCGUCAGUGCUCACCCUCCUGGCUAUUGCUGUGGACCGAUGUCUGCGGGUUUGUAUCCCUUUCAGGUACAAGUCUACAGUCACCAAGAAGCGCUCAUGGUUCCUCGCCGCUGUGUGCUGGAUACUGGCAUCUUUACUGGGCUUCGUACCCAUGUUUGGAUGGUACAACCAUGACACACUGACACGUUACAACUCCACCUCCAUAGACUGUCAGUUCACUGCUGUCAUUCCCAUUACAUACCUGAUCCACUUUAUCUUUGAGGGCUGUUUUCUUCCUCCGUUGACAGUCAUGAUUGCUUUGUACUGCUACAUCUUUUUAAAAAUUAGAAGUGGAAGAGCAGUUAUGUCAGCUGAAACCAGUACAUAUAAACAAAAGAAGCACCAACUGGCUACCUCUCUGGUUUUAGUCUUGGCUCUUUUUAUUGUUUGCUGGCUGCCGUUACACACGAUAAAAUCCAUCACAUACUAUAACCAGAGUAUACAUGUACCCCCCAUUGCUUUGUACUUUGGCAUUCUCCUCUCUCAUGCCAACUCGAUGGUAAACCCUGUCGUGUACGCCUUCAAAAUCGCUAAGAUAAAGAUAAAGCGGGAGUACUGGAAGAUUUGGAGGAGGGUGAUUGGUCAACAGCAGCAGGCAGAUACAAACAGCAGCAGGACUCCUGCCAGUAAUAAUACUGACAGCCAUGAUGGACGAGUUCAUGUGAAAACCAGUCCACAGGUGGAGCCAAUGUACAAUAAAUACAGUGGGACUCCAUAGUACAAUAAAUACAGACUAAAGAAACACACACACACACACACACACACACACACACACACACA